AAGCAUUUUCCUGGAGAUCUCCAGAGUAAUAUCCACAGAAUGAAAGAUGUGCUGAAAUCAGCUUUUAAUUGAUGGUUCAAUUUUUCAUUAAACAUGGCCUCUACCUCAGAACUGAUUCAAGAUCUCCAAAAAGAGCUCAUCUGCCCCAUAUGCAGGGAAUACUUCACAAACCCAGUGACCAUUGAAUGUGGACACAAUUUUUGCCAUAGUUGCCUCAGUAGUAGCUGGCAGCAAGGUCCAACCGCUUUCUCCUGUCCAGAGUGCAGAAGUGUCUCCCAGAUUCAGGAUUUUCAAGUCAAUGUGCAACUUGGUAAACUGGCAGCCUUUGCCAAAGAACUAAGACUCCAUUAUUUGGAGUGCCCUGAUGGACGUGACAAGUGUGAGGUACAUCAGAAAUUGGAGAAGCUAUUCUGUGAAGAUGACCAGAAGCCAAUUUGUGUGUCCUGUUCUCAAUCCCAGGAGCAUGAGGCUCACCAACUCUUUUGCAUAGAUGAGGCUGCUGAGAACUUCAGAAAGAAACUCCAUGGAACUGUGACUGCUUUGUGGAGGGAAACCAAAAACACUAUGCGACAAGUGGCCACUGAGAAGGCUAAGCUGGCAUUCAUCGAGAAGGAAAAAGAAAUUCAAAAGAAGCACGUUUUAUCUGAAUUCCAGAAAAUUGAACGAUUUCUAAAUGAAGAGAAGGAUACAUAUCUAUCAAAAUUUGAAGCAGAAUCGACAGCCAAUUUAGAAGGCCUGAACAAGAGAAUUAAUGCAUUGUUCGUCUAUCAUCAAGAAUUAAGGAGGAGAAGCAAAGAGUUAGAGGAGGAGUGUAAGAAACCAGAUUUGGAUUUGCUCCUGAAUGUGAAAGAAGUGUUAAGGAGGAAUGAAUCUGUACUGCAAAAGGAAAUAGGAACCUUUAAGAUGUUCAUGGCUAUCCCUUCCAUUACUGGUUUUAUGAAAAAAAUUUUCAAAUUUAAAGUGAACAUCACUCUGGAUUGCAAAACAGCUGACCCAGGUAUAAUCAUAUCCGAGGAUAUGAAAACUAUGAGAUAUGGAGGUGUCCAAGAAGAAGCACUAGACAAUAAUGGGAGAUCGACAGAUUUUGUGCAAGUCCUUGGUACUCAGUCUUUUAUUUCAGGGAGACAUUACUGGGAGGUGCAGGUGUCAAAUAACACUGUGUGUUGUUUUGGCAUCUGUAAAAUAUCAAAAGAGUCUAAAGACUUGUUUGUACUUAGAAGUGAGCUGAAACACAAUUCUUACUUACUUUAUGUCAUGUCCUACCUUAAUCUUUGUUCCCAAGUCCAUAGAACAUACUGCAUGAUCAAUGUGUGCAACUUAAAGGUUGGCAUCUUCCUUGACUAUGAACGUGGAGAGAUAUCAUUUUAUGAUGUGAAAAAUAAAUGUCUAAUGUAUACUUUCCCUACCACUUCAUUUUCAGGACCUCUCAGGCCAUUCUUUAGUCUUUCUAACAAAGUAUUGACAAAUGAUUCAAACGAUUAUUCUCUCACAAUCUGUUCCUAAUUGAGAGAAAUCAAGGACCACACAUUUAUUGGCCAAUGAACUUCUGGCAUUAUCACCCCAAUUCCUAUGUACUAUGUUACACGAAAAUAAUCGUACCUACUUGCCCUGCUGGCAAUAACUUUUCCUCUUUUAUCUUUGUAUAUUUUUUUUAUCUCAACCCCAGUAGAAUAUAAGCUGUUAUAUCAGGGAUUGUUUCAUUUUGCUUUCUAUAACCAAUGUCUAGAAUGUUACUGAAGUUUAAUAAAUACUUGUUGAAAUUGGAUCAAA